AUGAAAGAAUUGGUGGAUGAUGAGGCUGGAGAAGAUGACGAUGGCGAUGAGGAAGAUGAGGAAGAUGAGGAAGAGGAAGAAGAGGAGGAAGAGGAAGAAGAGGAGGAAGAGGAAGAAGAGGAAGAAGAAUCGGACGACAAGAGCAGUGAUUCUCAAGAGGACGACCAUGGAUCCGAACCCGAAGAGAAUGGUCUCAAUGAUAAGAACGGCGCCGCAACCAUCAAAGACAAGAAUGAGACCGGGACAGUCAAAGACAAGGCCAUGGCCGAACCUACAAAGCUUCCCGAGAGAAAUAAAGUCCAGCCAGUCCAGGACAGCUCCUCAGAAGACUCGGAGAGUGAAGAUGAACUUGACUCCUCCAAGUUUGGUCGCACUAUCAUCCCUGGUCCAUCCACUGCCACUACCAAGCCAGCUGGUCCUUCUCCUGCUGCUGCCAAGGCAAUUGCGCAGCCUCCAAUGCCGGAAAAAACAACCCCACGAGUGACACCGAGAAGAACGUUGAAAGGUCUCCUUAAAGAUCAAAAGGAUCAGCAAGCACGCAGGGCGCAGCAGCCUCCGAUCCAGCAAAAUCUAUCAAAUCCGCGCCCACCCCGAAUAAAUCUAGCGUCUACUCUGUGUCUGACAGCAGCGAUGCCGAAAGUAGUAACAGUGAGGGACCCGGUGGGGAUAUCCUCGCCAAUGGACAGUCCGGUAAACUUCGCCAGCCUUGGAGCAGAUAGCUCCUAUCAGUUCCUGAUAUCGGGCUGUCCCUCUUUACUGGAUGCAAUAUCGAAGUCUUGUGAUAUCCAUUUCUUUCCAUGUUCUUGA